AGAGCAGCCAUCUCGCAUUCGGGAAGUUCCUCUUCGGUGUUCAUCAAACUAAGUGGAGGUUUCCCAGCCACUGUCUCUGGCGCUCCCCCUUCGUCAAAUUACCCCCGCCCUCAGUUAAUUGGAGGGAAGUUGUUGUGUGUCCUGCGAAAAGUGCUCCGUCUGUGGCGUCUGAGAAAGAUGGGAAAGAGCAAAUUGUUCUUUUCCACGCGACUUCUAUUUCCGACAGCAGCAACACUGUGUCUCCUCAUUCAAUCUGUUCAUCCGCAACCACCCCAAACUGGAGUGAUAAAUCCGUGCAUCUUGGAUCAAAUUCUCAAUCUCAUCUCGAUACCAGAUGAUGGUUACGACAUACACCAGAGAAUAGCACUUCGGAAUCGAUUGAGGAGCAUUCUCGAGAGGGCCAUUGACGACAGUGACUACCAGAGAUUGGACGGCGAUGGGAGUGAGGGUGACUUCUUGGCUGACAAGCGCUCAAUCAAUUCACUCGCGCGCGCUGGCUUGUUCCCCAAGCGGAAUCUCGGCUCGGUGCUGCGAACGGGUGGCUUUCAGCGAACAGGUGGUGAGAAUGGUGGCGGUGGCAAGAGGAGUCUCGCGAGUCUGGCCAAGACGGGCCAGCUGCCAUCCAAGGAGCCCGACGCGGAAAUCGCCCCGUCGUCACUCUGGCUGGAGAACAAGCGCAAUCUUGGCGCUCUGGCGCGCUCCGGAAACUUCUACUUGACUGGCAAGAGGAAUCUGGCAGCGCUGGCUCGUGGCAACUUGCUGCCGCUGGCGAAGAGGGAAUGGAUUGAGGAGGAGCGCAGGAGUAUUGGUGCUCUGGCGAGGGACUGGGCGCUGCCCAACCAGAAGAACAAGGAUGAGGAGGAAGAGGAACUGAAAGAGAAGAAAAACAUUGGGGCUCUGAAGAAUUCACCCAUUCAUGGUGUGCGCCAGAAGCGACAGGCGUCCUACACUGAUUUCGAAGAUGGUACGUUUGAAGUGCCAGAACCAGUCGUUCAAACAUCCCCUGUUGACUAUGAAGACAUUCUCGAGUCUCUCAAUAGCCUCAAUUCCAAUGCACAUUUCGAAGACAAGCGAUAUCUUGCCUCGAUGGCCCGAAACGGGUGGCUGCGAUCGUUCAGGCCGAAGGAGAAGCGCCACGUAGGUUCGCUGGCUCGCUUUGGUCUCCUUCGCUCUGACUUGGAGUCCAACUUGAGACAGAUGCCAUGGCGAAGAAUGCCGGAGAAGCGACAUAUCGGAGCACUCGCUAGGUCUGGGUGGUUUUCAUCGUCCUUUAGACCCGCUAGAGGAGGUCGCUUUAGUCGAUCGGGCAGGGCGAGGACGGAUUUUCCCUCCAACCCGACCGACGUCAGCAACCUAUCGCCAACGCGUGUAGACGAUGCGCUCCUCUCUUUCUCCCGUCCGUCAGCUGGGCAGCGCCCGGACUCCAGCACUGGGGCACGCCGCCCAGACUCACCGGCAACUGGCGCCGCGGCAUCCGGAAGUCCCUCUAUUGAGCUGCCCGCGGACGAGGCCGAGAUGGCCAACGACAUCAUCGACUUCUAUCCGCUGCCCGCAUUCGAGUGCGUCAACUGCUUCCCGCCGCUCCUCAUCUAAGCGCCGCGCGACAGCCCAUCUGACGACGCCGGAGAAAAGUCCCCAACAUUGCGCAUUAAUACCCUCUUCUAUCGCUCUUCACCUCGCGACAGGAUCAACCCCAAUGUGCGAAGCUUCGAAAGAUUUCCCCCAAAGUCAUAUCUGACGACAAAAAUUCAUAUCAUAAUGAAAUUCCAAAUCAUAUCAAUGAAUAUCUUCCCUUUUUCGGCAAAUGACAAAACACCAAAGAACCGAAGAAACAGCAUGAAAAAUGAGAUUGGUAAACUUUUUAAAUAUGCCGUCUUUUCUAAUCUUGUAUUACAGAGAAAAAGCAGAAGAGAAAACUUUUUCCACUUGUCUUGUAAAGAAAUUUCCACACUCGCGCGUCUUCUUGAUAAAAAAAAAAGACUUCAAAGAUGAUAAUUUUUUUUCUUUUGCAUAAUAUACAGAAUUACAAACGAGAGAAAUUGAAAAUUUACCAUGAAAAAGUUUCGCACAAGUAUUUGUCAUUCUGCCGACAAUUUUAUCUUAAAAAUCCAUCAGCAGCAGCACACCAGAAUCCUUCUUCAAUUUGUGUAUUCUAUGUAACAUAAGACAAUAAUAAUGUAUAUGGAGAGUCACCGGAAGCCCAAUUGGACAGCGGAAAACAUUGAUAACAAUCCAAAGUCACGAGACAAUACAUUUAUGAAUUAUAUUAUAGUGUCUAUGAGAGGUGCGAAGGUGUUUUAAGGAUGUUAGUUUAAGAUGAAGAAAAAAAAGGAAACUUAUUGAAAAUCAUACAUAAAGAUGAACAUUGCUGUGUUUGACAAUUCCAAUCUACAGAAAAACUAUAUAUAAAUGUAUAUGAAAAGAAAUCUACAUAUUAAUCAGAUUAUAUUGAAAUAUUUGUUGAAAGAGAUGAUAAAAUUGCUGAUUUGAGGGUGAAAAUCACGCAAAAUAUAUGGAUUAGACAAUAAAAGAUAGACAAUAAAACAUAUGCGAAAAAAAUGGAGAAAAAACCUAAUUUCCGAACAUUAUCUAGUAUUUUAUUCCAAAGAUAAAUAUGUAUUUUAAUUGUAUUUUAAAAUGAAAAGCAUCAAAUAUACUUCAAUCGUCUA